AUGCAGCUGUCCGCCAAGGUCCUUUCCUGCACCGUGCUACUAUGUUGCAUUGGUUGCAACGAGCUGCUUGCUGCUGCUACCGACUUCAACGACGAUGAAAUCACCGCCCGGCUGGAACGUGCCAAACGGUGGCUCAACUAUCCCAUCAACGGUGGGCUCGCCAAAGUGGUGCUCGGGUUCGUCGUACCCAUCCGGUUCCAUCAUCCGCUGCCGCGCGUCAUCGUCAAUACGUACAAUUUGCAGGCCAACUACCGCAUACCGGCCACCAUCAUCUAUCCGCAUCCGGAGUCGGUGUUCCAAAACCGGGCGCUCGAUCGGCCGGCCGGCGACGAUCAGAGCCGGCGGCAGCUGUACGCCCUGCUCGAGCAGGGCCUGUCCCGGGCGGGGCGGAAUGGGCGGGCGUGCCUGCUGCGGGCCGUCUGUGAGGUUGCCGAAAUGCCGCUCAAACACAACGGAUUGAUUGGCGAAAUAAUCGAUGUGAUUUUCACACCAUCACCUUCGGACCGGCUCGAACCGGACUAUCUGCUGGCCCGCUCGCAUGGUCAGCAAGGACGUGACUGCACCGCACAAUACACCGACUGUCCGGCUGGCCACGGUCUGUUCGACGGCAUUUCCUUUCUAGCGACACAACAACCGGCCCAAUUCGCUGGGGAAUAG